AUGGCGAUUGCACACCAAUUUCAAGCCCAGCAACAGCAGCUGUACACUGAGUCUCGCGUUCAACAAGCGCGUGACGAAGCCGAGCAAAGGAGCCUGGUGUUUGCUGAAACGAUUCGCUCAACUCAGAUAGACCCCAUGGCUAUUGGACAGCAUGUUAACAUACAGCUACAGUCAGCAAUUGCUGCAGCUAACGACCUUGCUGAGGCUCAAACGCGAGCUGGUUUUGAGGCCCAAACGGUACAGCAUGCACAUAAGGCUGGCGUUCGAAUGCCGGAGACCUUUCAGCGCGUUCAAGACCAAUUUCACGCCAGCAUGGAGCAGCGCAUUCAUGACGUUCUGAAAGCUCAUAGAGAACAAGGGAGUGUGGAAAUACGACUUGCAAUAGCAGCACAAGAUCAAGAAAUUCUGAAAGCGGUUAAAGAGCAAAUUAAGGCUGUUAAGAAGGAUAAUACAACACAGAUGGAGCAGGCAAAAUCUACUGCGGAAAAGACAGCCAAAUCGAUCGUUCGACGCCACUACGCGGAGGAGAACGCCGCUCACGAGAAAUUAGAAGCGAGGUUAUUUACAAACAAUGGAAGAGUUCAAGAAAACGACUGUGGCUACGGCUCUAUUGCAUGGCGAUGA